AGGCGGAGAACGCUGGGGAUAAAAUGCUGCUUUCUGCUCUGCUGCGUGAAGGAUCGGUUUGAUUCAGGGUGCGUUGACUGUCGGGAUGUUCUCAGACUGUUCGUGCUCCAGGGAAUGUGUUCCUCAUGGCCAGCGGCUUCAGCCAGGACUCCAUAGCGGACUUUCUGAGGCAGAGAGGAGGCACCGUCACGAGCCCUGAGCUUCUGGAGCAUUUUAAAGCCGUGUUCCCACAAGAGCCGCACAGCAGGGCUGCUGUCCGCAGCAUCUUUAAGUCUUGCGUGGACAGCGUGGCUUUCGUGAAGACAGACAGCGGAGUCAAACAUGUCUGUCUGAGGAGACAGUUCCGUUACUGCGCUGCGUCCCCCUCACCUGACGACCAGGUGAGCCGCGAUGACGCAGCCGCGAGCGCUCAGGUACAGCAGAAAUCAGCGCGCGACUCAGGUUACGGAAAUGACUGGAGGACAGUUCCGCAUAUUAUCACUGCAGAGAGCGACCAGCCGGACAAACCGGAGCAGGACUGUGGACAUCAGGGGUUGCUUGGUGUUCUGGAUGAAGUGGCCGGCAGUUCAGCUUACAUGGGGAACUCUGGGAGCUUCAGUACGCAGAGGAAGGACUCCAGGAAGGAGAAGGUCGAGAAACUUGCCAUUCCACAAAUCACAGUGAUUCAAGCUUCGCCGCUCCCUGUGGACGGAUCUGUCUUCAUCCUGCCUGGGCCUGAGUGUUCUGCAGCUGCAGCUGACAUACACACCGAUUGGACGCCUGAGGGCCUGAAAGAGGAAGAGCAACAAGAUCCUGCGUCUAAGCAGACAUUCCUCUCCACCAAGGAGGACUCAGAGGACAAGGAGGAUGAACGCAGCAGCUUGUCUGGCAGCGAGGACAGCUGCAGUCCGAAGGGCAGCCGGAAGCACUUCAUCCAGGUGAUGAUGAACAGUUCUCCUGAAGUGAGGAACAGUAUAGAUCUCCGCAGCCCCAUCUGCCUCACCCCCAGGAGCGAUGGUGACUCGGCCUCGGUGGGCUCUGCCAGCCUGGACGUAGACAGGACCUCCGUCACCCUGGACCCUGCGGAACACGAGUGGAUGAUGUGCGCAUCGGAUGCAGAGUGGGACAGCCUCCACGCCCUCCUCAGCAGCGAACCCAACCUGGUCCUGAAGAAGGACUUUGUCACUGGUUUCACCUGCCUGCACUGGGCUGCUAAGCACGGCAAGCAAGAGCUGAUCGCUCUGAUCAUCAACUUUGCCAAACAUCACAACCUUCCCAUUAGCGUGGAUGUUCGCUCCAACAUGGGCUACACACCGCUGCACAUAGCUGCCAUCCACAACCACAUGGAGGUGCUGAAGCUCCUGGUGGGGGCUUACAACGCAGACGUGGAAAUCAGGGACUACAGUGGGAGGAAGGCCUGUCACUACCUCACCAACAAUGUGAGUGUGGACAUUAGAGACAUCAUAGGAGCAUAUGAGCUUGCUGAAUCCAAAGGUGCAGAGCCUAGGGUUGGAGGACGCUGGAGGUUCUCCAAAGUCCUUCAGAACAACCUGAAACCCAUCCACCGGCUCAGCCUCGGAGACAGCGACCUUAUGGGCGGGGAGGACCAUCUGAGGAGCAAACCUGUCCGGAGGAGGUCUUCGCUUAGCAGGAUGAAGCCCAACCUGCAGAAGAUACGCCAGAGGGCGUCCCAGCUCGUUCACAGCACUUCUUUCCGGGAUAAACGGGAGCUGGAUGAAUCUGAGGAGAAACCCUCUAGGUCCAGACCUAAAACCCACUUCCUAGGUUGAGGCCAAGUCUGCUACAUGACGCUUCUGAUGGAUUGGGGUUAAUCAUGUUAGCAGGAAUCUUUGAUUACCUUCAGUGGUGUCCCUCUCUCCCUGAUGCUUCACACUGCUGGUCAGCUGGCUGAAAGAAGGAUUCUGAUUUCUCCCUUGCAUACAACAAAAUCUGAUUCAUCUGCAUAGAAAUAUUUCCAGCCGUGAAAAGCAGGAAGCACCACUCGUCACCUCUUUAAGCUCGCAUUGCUGUUGAGCAACUGACUCUAGACUGCAACAGCCUGACUAAAUAAACAACUAUCAGCUAUUUGUCGUACUUCAUGAAGACCAGAAUACGCAAAUGAAACUCAGUCCUAUAGUUUUAUAUAAACCAGUUUCUGAUGGUAUUUUAAUGGGGGUUUUCCUUUUUGUUUUGCUUAGUUAUAGUCCAAAGUUUAAGUGUCCCAUAAGAAGCUGAAAAACUAAUCCAGAUUAGCCAGCUGUGACAUUCUGACCCGGCUCUGGGUUGGCCUGCUUCCUUUUAUCCGUCCUCAGCUGACAGCCUCGUGUGCAACCUGGAGCAGGAGCCAUCAGGGCUAAUCUGGAUUUCAUGGGGUUCAUUAGGUCUGACGAGUUAGGUAACACGUUGGUGUGUGUGUUCUGUGUCUCUGCACAUUUUUAACCUGAACUGACCAAAGUUAGGCCAAAGAUAAGUUGGUUCACAGUUAAUGCUUUGGAUUUAGAGAGGCUCAUAAUUAAGAAUGUUUAUUUACAGAAAUUAGUUGUAAAAAGUUGUAAGGUACAGGACACAGUGUUAGUUAAUGUACAGUGUCCUGUUUGUCUUUGGCUUGGGCUGGACAAUAAAUCAUUAACAAUAUAAAUCGUGAUAACAGAAUAUCAAUAGAUAUUGAGCAGAUGCUCAAUAUCAACAGAAAAUACAUUCAACAGAAUAUUCCAAUAAUUUUAAUGAACUUCAAUUUAGAACCACAAUGCAUUCUGGGGGAUGUAGGCAAAGGAAAGUUGUUAGCUGGUCAACUGUUCACUCAUUGGUAAUUUAGCAAUAACUUGUUGAGUAAUUUGUGCAGCAGCAGUUUGUUGUUUUGCCACUGUGCCUCUAGCUUUUGCCUUCCUGUGUAAUUCUGCUCAAUUCUCACUUCACAGACAGUUUGGGCUUUCUCUCAUUCACUUGGAUUCCUUCAGUAGAAUUUCUACCGGGCCAAUCAGUAAACCGGACAAAUUAUGAAAGAUGACAACAUUUUUUUGUAUUCUGGCUGAAACUUUAGCAGUGGUAGCGGAGGUUGUUUACAGCGCAGGCAAUUUCGGACGCUUUGAACUGGUGCAUUAUAUACGUCAUGGCAAAACGUUUGUAACUGGGUAAAGUUUCAAACUUAACAGAGCCCACACCUCCAGGAACUAAUUCUUUCUCACCAUCUGUACGAAGCAGAGCUUAGGCAAACAAGGGGCUGUGUUUCACCAAGUUACCACUGGACUUAUUUUCUGAAAGGACAACAUGAGUACAACAGCUCAAGAGGAAAUUGUGGACAAAACAGAACAGGUCAGUUUGGCAGUAUUUUGGUCAUGUAAAACGAAAAACCAAUCGAUAAGUAUUGAUUUUGACGUGAAACACUCAUGUUUUUCAGCCAUAUCGCCCAGCCCUACUUCCAGUCAUAUUUUAAACACAGUCCUUGGUUUUUGGAUGUGAAUCGAGGAGAAUAUUCUUUAUUUGUGCCUCCAUGGAAAAAUAGACACAAAGUAGUGAAAUAACCAUGGUUUAAACAUUUUUUUAAGCAUUCCUGCAGCAUGAUGCCCCCACCACCUUGUUUCACCAUAGUGAAUCUAGAGCUAUGUGCAGGAUUAGUUUUUUUUCCACUUCAGUGUUUUGCUUAUAGGCCCGAAAGUUCCAUUUUGUUCUCCUCAAAGCAGAACACAAUCUUCCACAUGUUUGUAGCAAACUGCAGUCAGAACUUCUGGGACUUUAUGUUUUAUGUUGGAUUCCUCAGUAUUUAUGAAGCUGAUGUUUGUGGGUGUUGUGGGACAAAAUGUGCUCUUCUCUGAGCUAACAGCUCCACUUGAAGAAAUUCAUUAUUCACCAACAUGCUGUGUCAUGUCAGAGAUCAGCCUCGCCCACACACUGCACCGACUUCUCAUUCCACAUACAGUUACUCACCUGGAACUUUCCACAAUCAGCCUACAAAAACACUGUAUUUUUCACGCAGAGAGGACUUCCUCUAAUGUAGACAUUUUAACGCCACCUGUGAGAAACUGGAUCAGACACUUGGCUCCUCAGGAUCAGCUGCUAUUCAUGUUUCUGAGUAAGAAUUUAAGGGUUCUGCUGCCCUCUCGAACUUAUGUUUAUGCAAUGCAUUUUUAAAUGAUGCUUAUAAGGGCUGUAUGUGUCUUUUUGGGAGCUCUGAUAAAAAUAUAUAUUUAAUGGGGUAAGAAUUUCUGAGUUAUCUCCAAAGAGAUUUUGAUGAAAAUCUAUUGGAUUUUAAAAAAAAAAAAUUUUAUUUGAAAACAAAACAAAUCAUCUAC